UUCCGAAACACCCUCUCCCUCACACACAUCCAAACGAAGAGAGAUUGAACUAUCCAUUCAAUUUUAUCCAACUCGGUUUUAUUAGGUGUUGAUUCCGCCGAGACACUCACCAUGACUCGGCGGUGUUCGCAUUGCAGCAACAACGGCCACAACUCUCGAACCUGUCCCACGCGUUCCUCUCUUGCGUCUUCGUCUUCUGCUCCGUUAUCUGGAGUCAAGCUCUUUGGCGUCAGGCUCACCGAUGGGUCAAUUAUUAAAAAGAGUGCUAGCAUGGGAAACUUGUCGGCGCACUACCAUUCCUCUUCAUCAGCCGCCGCGUCACCUAAUCCUGACUCUCCUGUAUCUGAUCGCAUCCAUGAUGACGGCUAUUUGUCCGAUGACCCCGCUACCCAUGCUAGCUGCUCUACCAGUCGACGCGGAGACAGGAAAAAAGGUGUCCCGUGGACUGAAGAGGAGCAUCGGCUGUUCUUAAUUGGUCUACAGAAGUUGGGAAAAGGAGAUUGGCGUGGAAUAGCACGGAACUUUGUGGUAUCUAGGACUCCCACUCAGGUAGCAAGCCAUGCUCAGAAAUUUUUCAUCCGCCAGAGCAAUGCCACUCGGAGAAAGAGACGGUCCAGCCUUUUUGAUAUGGUUCCAGAAAUGGCAACAGAUCCACAGCCAGUUCCAGAAGAACAAGAGUUGCCAUCUUCUCAGGCAGGAGAUGCUGAUAAUGUAGAUGCACUACCCUCAUUGAAUCUCUCUCUCAAGCCAGAAUUUGAACCCAUGGAUACUGAAUCUCAAGAACCAGUCAAGGAACGUGAUAAAACUGUGAUGGGGUUUAGUGAAUUCAAACCAGCUGUUCCUAGUUCAAGUGAAUUUGUCCCAAUAGUCUCAGGGUCGAAUGAAUUCACAGCAGUUCCUGGAUUUUUCCCAGCUUACAUGCCCGUUCCUUAUCCAUAUUGGGCUCCAAAUACCACACCCUUUGAAGAAGGUAAGGGCGCUGCAACAUCACGUCACGAGGUCCUAAAGCCAGUUCCAAGCAUUCUCAAGGAGCCUUUCAAUGUGGACGAACUGGUUGGCAUGUCUCAUCUCAGUCUAGGAGAGAUUGAGAGACGCCACAGGGAGCCUUCACCGCUCUCCCUGAAACUAAUUGGGGAGGCACCAAGGCAGUCCGCAUUUCAUGCAAGUGCUCCAGCCAGUGGAUCAAAUUUAAGUAAUGGCAAGGUGGCACCAAAAGGUUGAACUCUUAAGAGCCAUCUUUAGUUGAUGAUCUAUGACCUCUCUCUCUCUCUCUCUCUCGGCAAAUGUAGCAUUUAGGAGGCAAGUCCGAUCCAAACCAUGCUUCCUUUGUGGCCAUGCUUACAUCUCCGUCUUCUCUAGGGCUGUUUGUCCUAGCUGCCGCCGCCGCCUGCCUGCCUGCCUAGGCACCAGCAUAAAGACAAUGCAUGUACAUUCUUCCGUAUAUGACGUAUGAACACCGGUGACGCUGCCACCAAGUAUGCCUAAAUCCUGUAUCUAACAAGAACUGGGUUUCUAUCCUUGAGCUACCAAAUUGUAAAUAUAGCUCUCCUUAAAAUAACGAUGCUGGGUUGUUUUCCACUAGGUACAACCAUACAAGCCACUUGAAGUUCUAUCUCUUUAUUUGCUUACUGGCCUAUUCUUUAUAUUUAAUCUCUCAAUUUUAUCCAAUCUGGUUGCCGCUCCCUUCAGGUUAUUAAUUGCAAGAGGUUAUAGGGAAUGCAUGUGUUCUUUUUUAAUUUUGUAUGUGUAAUUCAUUAAUAAAUCUAGUCCAGCACA